AUGUCUGUUGGGAAAGGCCACACCAUCCCCGCCCCGUGCCCCGCCCCCGGGACGCCGCGCGCGUGCCGCCAUUUCCUGCGAGACCUUGAACCCGGCCUGGGGGGUCGCACCCGCUUGUCCGUCUGUGCAGACUUUCGGGAGAGCGGCUCGGGUACCUGGGAAGUGUCGUCAUCGUAUUUUAGCUGCAGGUGCAGGCCUGGGGAAGUCUCCUGUCUGGACAGUGGGAAGAGAGCAACGCAGAAGGACACCAGCUCACUAGUGCCUUUACAUUGGUUUGGCUUUAGCUGUGCAGCACUGAUUGCUUCUGGUGGGAUCAUUGGCUAUGCAAAAGCAGGUCCUGCUCAUACACAAUUCCAGCCCUUGGUUCAUCGGGCCUGGUUUAAGGAUGGAAGAUCUUUUCCCUUCUUAGAUGGAAGUGCCCUUUUCCCUCCUCAGAUGGAAAAGUCCUACCUGUUAGAGGAGAGGGGAAUGGGAUGGGAAGACUCUGGCUUCUCUGGAAUGGGGCUGGAAGACCUGGCUAAGAUCUUCGAAUCAUUUCCUACCAACGUUUCGCUGUGUCCCAUUUUGGAAGGUAGAAAAUGGUCCUUCAAGAUGACAUCAACAGCUUUCAAAUAUUCUCAUAGGCCCUGGGCAUUCUGCCUACAAUGUCUAAUGGAUAAUACAGCCCUGCAUACAAAAUUCAGAGUGAAAAAGACCAAUGAAAUGAAAUAAAGGUGUCUGUGUAUAUGG